UCUGUGGCGUGCACUCUGUGGCUGGAGGAGGUGUGGUUCGUGCCAGUGUCUGCGUAUUAAACUUCACACGGAGAAACCUCGAAAAACUGCAGAGAAAUGGCCGAGGCCCACCAGGCAGUGGCAUUCCAGUUCACCAUAACACCAGAGGGCAUCGAUCUGCAGCUGUCCUACCAGGCGCUGAACCAGAUCUACCUGUCUGGAGUACGAUCCUGGAAGAAGCGAGUCAGCCGCGUGAGGAACAGUCUGAUUAAAGGAGUGUACCCCGCCAGCCCGUCAUCCUGGCUCUUUGUUGCCAUAGGAAUCCUGGCCACCAUGUACAUGCAGUCGGAUCCCAGCAUGGGGCUCAUCACUAAGAUACAGCAGCACCUGCCGCUAAGUCUCCACGUGUCCCUCAGCACCCAGGGUCAGACUAUGGUGUCAGCGCUGGUCUUCAGCACUCUGCUGUGGCUCUCCCUCAUCCUCGCCCUCAGGUUCUGCCUCAAACUGCUGCUGUCCUACCACCAGUGGAUGUUUGAAAAGCACGGCCGGAUGUCUAACACCACCAAAGUCUGGGUGCCUCUGGUGAGGUUGCUGUCAAGCAGGAAGCCUUUGCUGUACAGCUAUCAGUCGUCUCUACCUCACCUUCCCGUUCCAGCCAUCCAAGACACAGUGAGCAGGUACUUGGAGUCGGUGCGUCCUCUGCUGAUGGACCCGGAGUUUAAACGCAUGACAGACCUGGCCAAUGAGUUUGAGUCGAAUCUGGGGAACCGCCUCCAACGCUACCUGAAACUUAAAGCUCUGUGGGCCACCAACUAUGUGAGUGACUGGUGGGAGGAAUACGUCUAUUUAAGGAGCCGAGGUCCCAUAAUGGUCAACAGUAACUACUAUGGAAUGGAUUUUCUGUACGUGACACCAACCUCAGUGCAGGCGGCCAGGGCAGGGAACACAAUCACUGCCCUGCUGCUCUACCGCCGCAAGGUGAACCGGGAGGAACUGAAGCCGAGCCGCGUUCCGGGUACCGUCAUCCCCCUGUGUGCUGCUCAGUGUGAGAGGAUGUUCAACACAACACGCACACCAGGAGUCGAGACUGAUGUGCUCCAGCACUGGCUAGACAGCGAGUUUGUAGCAGUGUACCACAGGGGGCGCUAUUUUCGCCUGUGGGUAUACCGGGCAGGCCGCCUGCUCUCCCCCAGGGAGAUUGAAUACCAGAUCCAGAGAAUCCUGGAUGACGCUUCACCCCCUCUUCCUGGAGAGGAGAAGCUGGGAGCUCUCACUGCUGGAGACAGAAUCCCUUGGGCUCAGAUGAGGAAGCAGUACUUCAGCUCUGGGGUCAACAAGAGAUCGCUGGAUGCCAUUGAGAGGGCAGCCUUCUUUGUAACCUUGGAUGACGAGGAGCAAGGCAUGAGGGGAGAUGACCCAGAGGGGAACUUGGACUGCUACGCUAAGUCUCUGCUUCAUGGGAAAUGUUAUGACAGGUGGUUUGAUAAAUCCUUCUCCGUUGUGAUCUACAAGAAUGGGAAGAGUGGGCUGAAUGCAGAGCACUCCUGGGCUGAUGCACCAACUGUAGCACACCUUUGGGAGUACACGCUGGCCACAGAUGCCUUUCAGCUAGGCUACACUGAGGACGGCCACUGUAAAGGUGAUGUGGAGCCUUCUCUACCCCAACCUCAGAGACUUGUCUGGAACAUCCCGGCAGAGGUUCAGGCUCAGGUCAGCAGUUCCCUAGCUGUUGCACAGGCGCUGGCAGAUGAUGUUGACUGUCACGUAUUUCCAUUCAGAGAGUUUGGCAAAGGACGAAUCAAGAAAUGCUGGAUCAGCCCAGAUGCCUUCAUCCAGAUCAGCUUACAACUGGCAUACUACAGGGAUCGCGGUGGCUUUUGUCUGACUUACGAGGCAUCGAUGACCCGUCUGUUCAGGGAGGGCCGGACAGAGACUGUGCGUUCCUGCUCCAACGAGAGCUGUGCUUUCAUCAAAGCUCUGGAGAGUGGAGAGACAGAGGAACAAUGCAGAUGCCUUUUCCAACUGGCUUCUGAGAGGCACCAGAACCUUUAUCGGAUGGCUAUGACUGGAGCAGGAAUCGACAGACAUCUCUUCUGCCUUUACGUAGUCUCCAAAUACUUGGGAGUGGAGUCACCUUUCCUUAAAGAAGUUCUGUCUGAGCCUUGGCGUCUCUCCACCAGUCAGACUCCAGUUCAGCAGAUGAAUCUGUUUGACCUGAAGAACUACCCAGAUUUCAUCUCGCUUGGUGGGGGCUUUGGACCUGUCGCUGACGAUGGUUAUGGAGUUUCAUACAUCAUCGUGGGUGAAGAUAUGGUCAACUUCCACGUGUCUUCCAAAUACUCCUGCAGUCAGACUGACUCUCACAGGUUUGGAGUUCAGAUAAGUAAGGCUAUGCAGGACAUCAUGGCUCUUCUCUCAGCUGAUCCCAAAACCUCUGCGUCAUCCAAAGGCACAGGCCAUCCGCAGUCCAAGAAGCUCGAGUAAAAACAAAAGCGAGCGAAAGUCUGAGCCAAACAACAGAGAGCUUCUUUCGGAGAUACAGAUCUUUCGUCUUCUGCGGUCUUUAGACACAACAAACAUUUACAGCAGCCUUUUACAGGCCAACAGAUUAACAUAACUACUGUUGUUCUUUUUUUAAAACCUCCCACUCAGUGACAAAAGAUAAGCCACGACGCUCCCGUACCUCAUCCAUUCCGAAGCCUCUUGUGCAUCAGCACUAAACACACAAACCUUCUUGUAUUCUAAACUUUAAAAAUUAAACUUUUUAAAGUUACAUUUCUCACAGUUUUCUGUCAGAAUAUGAAAAUCUGUGAUCAGCAAAAUCUAUAUUUAUAUGUUGGAAAAAAUGGGGGCAGAUGUCAUCACUUGAGUCUUUGGAGGCAGAGAAAGUGAGACAAAUGUCCCUGAUAAUCGGCGGAAAGCAUUAAGACGCCCUUAAUCUCACUAAAAGUGAAGAGCGCACUGACACCAUUCAUUACAAUAUGAUGUUAGAGGUUAUUGUGCAUGUUGGGCUUUGUUAAAGUCAGUGGACACGGCAAAGGAAAAAGGAAGUUCUGGCCAAAUUGCACUCCUUUAUUUCUUUAUUUGCAGUUGGUUUAUCAGCUGGGAGUGAAGGUUUCCAGUGAAAGCCUAAGUCUAGUCUCUGUAAACCUGGUGUAAUCGCUCACUCGACCUCCAGAUAAAAGCAGUACAUAAUCCUGAAUCAAUAAUUAACAUUUUAGUUUAAUUUUUAAAGCCGGAGAGAGAACCGACUGUUCAGCCACAAAGCACAUCGCUUUAUAUGUGGGCAAGUUCAAGGGAAGCUUUGGGUAUCAAAGCCACAUUUUAAAAUGAUUGUCACAUUUUAUUUUUUUUAAAAAAUGCUGUGUUUUUAGUUUGUUUGCUAGCGUGUGGGCUUUUUCUUCACUUAUCUUGCUGGUGCUUAGCAGAGCGUGGCUAAGGCUUGUUGAUACUUGCACUACUAUGAGCAGUGUUUUGUAAGUAAGAGUCCUGCAAGUUCAAGUCUGCUCAAGUUCAAGUAUUAUCAGUAAAUGUACUUUUGGAUAAAGGUGGUAAAAGCGUAAAGAAAGGGGGAAAAAGUCAACUACAACUCAGGCCUCCAGACAACAAGCUUCAAAGUCUCUCAAAGUCUCUUAUCAUUUGAAGCUUGAGAUUUGGCUCUCCUCACAUUCACAGGCCAUCCAGUCCAAGAAGCUCGAGUAAAACGGCAAAAAUAAGUUAGACAAAUAUUCCUUUUAAUUGUCCAGACACUGUCCAAAACACAGCUUAAGAAGACACUAACUGGCAUUAAGUAAACAACGUGAGACAAGUUAUUUACCAGAGGCUUUGAACUUUUGGAUCAAAUGCAAUGUAACUAGAACAAACGUUAAAUGAGAAGUCUUUGGCCCAGCUGGAAGAUUUCGCAUCUGUUCUCCUUUCUUUAUCGGGGAAGUGCUGAGAGCACCAGAAACCAAAUGCAAAGCAAGACACAGUGAUGAGAAAACGCUGUGAAAUGACCGAAUGGGCAUUCUCUGAUGGCUCACAACAUCAAGUUAUAGCUUUCAGGCUGUGUUCUGUCUGGGAUCCAGUGAUGACUAUUAAAAGUGCAGCAUUUUAGGAAGGGAACAGAACAAUGUGUUCUUUUGUGUCGUGUGCUUAGCGUAGUGAUUAAAAAGGUGAAUCUCGUUUUUGAUAAAUUUGUGGCUAUACUUCUGCAUUUUAGUAACAGUUGUUACAGGGGUUAUGGGAAGAGCAAAAUGGCAGCAUGUGAUCUACAGAUGUUGACAGCUGGGAAUACAGCUGUGUUUCUGUGUCUCGCUGCAUUCAUAUCACUAUACAAAGUUAUAUUUGUUGUCUAUUUGUGCCAGACAUGAUUUGUUCCUGCCAGCUGCUUGCCAGUUAAGGGCAGAGUGACAGAAGUACUAACAGCCCACUUGUUGUUUUACAAUUUUCCACGGGGCAUAAAGUGGUUCAUUCCCACAGAGCCUCUUCUCCUGUAUUCAGGUUUAAGAAACAUGUUCACAAAGAAACUGUUUCAGUGCAUUUUUUUUCUCCAAUUAGUGCACUUCCUGCAGCAAACCUUGUAACGUGCCUUUUUAUUAUUAUUAACUGUUUCCUUUCUUGGUUUUAAAUGCUUUGAUGAUGUGUUUGAUGUAAUGAAUUUACAAUAAAAACCCUGCUUGUUUUUUCUUUUCUUUUUUUUCUUUUUUUUUGUUGUUUUUGUUUGUUUGUUUUCCUCAUCUUGACUGAUUUUUGUGUGUGUGUGUGUGUGUGUGUGUGUGUGUGUGAGUGAGUAACCUGGUAACACUUUUGUAACUGCUCGUGUUGUUUCCUGAUUUUCUUUGGUUGCUUGGUUUUGGGUUUUUUCCCCUUAGUACAUCGUUUUCUUUCUAAAAUGCAUAUAAAUCUGCAUUAUAUGCAUUUGUGGACUCUGAUCACCUUCCACAGUUGGAUCUGAUGCGUUGUGUAAAAUAAAAUAUUUACUGUCAACACCAGUGUGCCUGUAGCUGAUGUAUUAUUAUUAUCAUA